AUGGCAGAUAAUUUAGCCAUGGCAAAUCGUACUCUUACAUCCCAGUUAGAGGAAUUUGAAGAUGACGACAUGAGAGAGAUUGUAUUCUCGUCCGAGGGAGCCGAAACAAGACUAGCAGAAGAACUCGAGGAGGAGCUUUCAGACAAUAGGACACAUGUUUGUACAGUGUCAGAAAUUAUGUUAGAGGAAUCUGAAUCUGAGGACAUGAUAGAGACUGGAGUCUCGCACGAGAGAGCCGAAACAUUAAGACUAGCAGCACUCUUGCAGACGAGGGAGGAGGAGUUUUUAGAAUUCAGAAAGAAAUUCAUGGAGCUCGAGGUUAGCUACAAAGAGUUGCAUGAAAAAUACAAGAAAAUUGAACCAAGAAAUGCUACCUGA